ACGUCCUGCUCCGCCGAUCUGGUUUGUCCGCUAGCUGGAGGAAGGGGCGUUCCCAGCACGCAUUUUGAAGUGGAAGGCGCGAGCUGAGGGGCUCAGAUUGGCGGUUUGAUUUUAAAGCCGAUCUCCAGCGCCGUGCUCUCGGAGACCCUCAGUAUGUCCAUGGCGUCUGCCCAGCUCGUCCGGGAGGGGAUCACCCUGAAAGGGAGCGCCGAGAUCGUGUCAGAGUUUUUCUUUUGUGGCAUCAAUAGUAUAUUAUAUCAACGUGGUAUUUAUCCAGCUGAAACCUUCACACGUUUGCAGAAAUAUGGACUUACCUUGCUGGUAUCAACAGAUCCAGAUCUGAAAGACUAUUUGAAUAAAGUGGUGGAACAACUUAAAGAGUGGCUAUACAAAUGCCAAGUGCAGAAACUUGUGGUGGUGAUAACAAGCAUCGACACCAAUGAGAUACUUGAACGUUGGCAGUUUGACAUAGAGUGUGAUAAAUCCCUCAAAGAUGACAGUGUGGUUAGAGAAAAGUCACCAAAAGUUAUCCAAGAAGAAAUCCGGUCGGUUAUCAGACAGAUCACUGCAACAGUAACAUUCCUUCCAUUACUAGAGACUGCUUGUGCAUUUGACUUGCUGAUUUAUACAGACAAGGACCUAGAAGUGCCAGAAAAGUGGGAAGAGUCUGGACCCCAGUUUGUUUCCAAUUCUGAAGAGGUCCGGCUUCGUUCAUUCACAACUACUAUUCACAAAGUCAACAGUAUGGUGGCAUACAAAAAGAUAGACUCUUAAAACUACUUUGUAUCUUCUGUACAGAAAACCUCUGGAUGUUUCCCUAUCCUUUUUAAAUGCAGCUGCUAUCUGUAGUCUUUUGGAAAUGCUUAUUGCAGACUAGCAGGCAUUUCAUUUUGGAUAUGUAGGGCUUGUCUAUUUUCUAAGUUUUUUAGAAAUAUUUCAAACACAGGUUGAAGUGCAGCUACUAAGAGAUCUUUAGGCGGUAUGUGCCCAUCCAAAAGGUUGUGUGAACAAAAAACAUAAAGCCUUUUGGAGCAGAAUAACUGCACACCACAAAGUAAGCUCUCAUGUUACUACCUGUGCUAGGCUACUACACAUUCAAUUCUUUGAUCUAAACCAUCAAAUGUAUUGCUGCCUUCUCUCUUUUAUUCAGAAGUGCAACUUGGAGGUUAAGCCAACUGGAAAUCCAUCAUGAGUAACAGUGCAACCCCAAGAUUCCUAACUGCUAUUAGUGUAUUUUGUUUUGUGUUUUCCCCCUUACAAUUUCUUAUUUUCAGUCUGUACAUCUCCCUGUCGAUUUAAUGCAAGCUUUCUAAACUUUCAUUUUCACACUGUGAAUCUAUACAAUGUGAUCUUAACCUUUCUCUGGCUAAAGAGAGAUCUACCAUUUUCCAAUAGUCAUUUGCUGCACCAUAUAAAAGUUAAUCAUGGCAAGUUGUUAUAGUUUGUAUGCAGUGCAUAUUGAAAUCACAAAGCCGCUGCUUUAUUUACUGUACAAUUCUCCUCCCGCUGCCCAUCCACACACACACACACUCACUAAAAGCUCUAAAUGCAAGCUUUCAAUGCUAUAUAUGCACUAAUUAAGGUCAAACUUUUCAGAACUGUGUAUUUUAUGUAACCUGGCUGGAAGUACAAAAUAUUUAAGUGAUCUUUUAAGUGCUUCUUCUAUCUCCUGAAGGUUUUAAGGGCUGUAAAGACUGCAAGUUAGUUUUCUUUUUUCAAAGGAAGGUUAUGCAUCUGCUGCUUAAUGUGUGAAUUUUUCUGAUUAACCUACAGUAGCAAACUUUAGUAAGCACUUGCAAUUACUUUCUGCCGGUUAGCUUUUCAUGGAUCCUUGGGAUUGGCUUGUAUAUUAAAUAUCAACAAUUGCAAACCUUAGAAGUAGAUUUUAUUUAUAUGUAGAUUGUGGGACAAGCAACAUUUUACUGCCUUUCAGAUUGACACUUUUGUAAAUGUCUGUUUCUAUCAAUUUUUAAAAAAUAAAGUGUUUUGUACUGUU